AUGCAAGUGCAGUUUUUGACGCGGGUGCGAUCUUUGGCCUCACGCGUGGGGGAAAAGGCGCGGGUUUUUCCCGGCGAUUUCAUUUGGCCCUUUGUCCUGCUGACGGGAGAGUACGCGCAUGUGUGCGUGAUUGCCUACCGCACGUUUAUCCACUUUCGUUUGCGGCAGGCACUGCGCAUCACCUUCGGUGUCCCCGCGGGCGGCGUUGUGCUGUACAUGGCUCAUGCCUCCUGGGCGUGGUACCCGGAGCCGGCCGCCGCCAUAGACACAAGCUCCGUCGCGGGGCACCGUCCCGUGUUUCACUCCACCGCCGAGCUGCUGGACUUUGCCUCCACGUGCUCUCGCCGCUACCACCGCCUCUGUGAGUCGGGGGAGGGGAUAAGUCCCGCCUGCCUGAACGAGUUGGUGGGUGACAUGCUCACCAUCCUACGCUCCAUUGAGGCGAUUGAGGGGAGCUUUGAGGAGCGGGCGCUGGUGACGGCCUCGCUGACCGUCACGGAUCCCUCGCGCGGGGUGGAGCAGGAGGCGUCACCCGCCGAGCUAGUGCUGCGCGUCGUGCUGCUCGUCGCGCUCGAUCAGGGGUGGUUCGACAUUGUAGAGGAGGCGCGGAAGAUGUACGGCAACCUCGUGCGCGAGCACCCCGUGCCGCCGCAGGCAAAUGUGACGAGCGCCGUGGCGGACUUGUGCGCACUUUCUUACGAGCUGGAGAGUUGCACGAGUUCGUCGGAGGUGACUCUGUUGCAGCGCCAACGCGUGGCCCGCGCCAUUGACGCGUUUCGCCCAGGGAGCUCGGUGCGUGAGCGCUGCACAAUUGCCGCGGAAAUCGGCGUUCUCCCUCUUGUCGAUCUCGACAAGACAACCCGCUGCCUUAUGCUGACGCGUCGCAGCCCUGGGCGGCGGCCGCAGCUGAUCAUCACGUUUGUCGGUUCAAACAGCGUGCGCAAUUGGUGGAGAAACCUUCGCUGCGACCUGACGGAGCUCCCCGCCGAGUUUGGCGUGCAGGCGCGUGUCCACAAGGGCUUUCUGCAGCUACUGGAGUCAAUCGCGUUUGAGGAGGUCGCCGUGGAGUUUGACCAAAUUAUCCUCAUCGGCCACAGCAUGGGUGGGGCGCUGGCGCAGCUUGCCGGACUCUACUUGGCGAACGAGAGGCCUGAGAGGCGUGUCACGAUCCUGACAGUUGCCUCCCCGCGUGUUUUUGCCUCCCCGUGCGGCGUUUGGCGGCGUGUCGCGGAUUGGAUGCGCGGUCGAGACGGGGCGGGAGAGGCGGCGGCGAUCGCGCCGCCCUGCAACUGCCGUCAUAUACGCGCCUUCAUGUGUGCGGACGUCGUGCCGCGGCUGCCUCCCGCCUUUCUUGGGUACCAGCACGUGGGCACGCCACUGCCGCUGCACACGGGGUGUCCCACGCGGAUGUCGUACGUUGGCUGGGGGCUGUGGUCCUGCCUGUUCCACACGGCGGACAUGUACAAGGCAGUGCUGGAGCGACCGGCCGUGGCGCAGCUGCACCGCUACGAAGAUGUGUCUGCAUCUUCUGCCCAUUGA